CUGAAGUGCACACACUCCCACUUCCACUCAAUUGUCCUAAGCGUUGCAGCUUUCGCUCUCAAGGCAUAACGAUCUAGCCUUCCCACUUCCACGUAGCGUUUUAGCCUCGCACUUCCACACAGCGUUCUACGUAGAGUGAGACGACAUCGACUCCUUCCCCUUCAUCCAGGCCAUCAGCGUGUGUAUCGGAGAUAUGAGCAUGUGCGAGUCGUCGUCGGAUGCUGGCUUCCCUGGCGUGACACACGGGAUCCCGUCGUAUUUAGCGGGACCAUAUCAUUUUGCUGGCUAUGGCGGCUCCGCGCCGUACCACUACGGGGCGCCGUUUCCCCCCAUGUACGGCGCGCCGAUGCACAUGCCACUGCCGCCUCACAUGACUCCCCCGCACAUGUCUCCGCACGUGUCGGCACACGCAGCGGCGCACGCGGCGGCGCAUGGAGCUCAUCCAAGCUACGGCUUUCCCCCUCAGCAGACCGCUCGACAUCAACCCACUCGACAUCCACUUCAUCAUGCGUCAGGUCCCGCGAAGAGUCUUCGCCGCACCGGCCGAUCCGAUCGCGCCAGCAUGGGUCACAUCCCGACGCCCUUUUUCAACGAUGCCGAGAACAACGGCGAGACUCACGGCGAGAUCGACGUCGCGGAUGAUCCAGGCGGGGAUUUUGCGGGGUUGCACAGCAGCAGCGGCGGCGGCGAUCCCGCGCUCGACGAACUGUCCUGGGGAUUUCUGGAUUCUGAUCUGAAGCUAAAGCUUGGCGCCCCGGCGACUGCUAAGGAUGUCCACUCCUCGGAGACGACUAAGAACUAUGAUCAUGACUCAUACUAUUCUGACUACCCACAUGCGGAAUAUCCGAUGGUGAGCCCCUAUCACCCGGCUUAUUACCAACCUCAUCCGCUUUACAGUCAUCACCUGUUCAAGCAGCGGCACGCGGAAGCCACAGCGAUGGCGAGGCAAGCGCGAGUGGCGGCGACGCGGGAGGCUCUAGCAGGGCGGAACUCUCAAUCGCUCGUAGGGCGGAACGCUCAAUCCCUCAAGUCGCCAGCAGUCGCGCAGGCGAAACUGACUGGGAAGAGAAAGGGAGGAGACGGCGUCGCACACUCGCACGGCGACGGUUUGGAGUUCGACGAGCAGCCCGACUUCGUCGUCGCCGUCGCCAGCGAGCCGUGCGCUGUCGUCCCGUCGCGCGCCGAUCGCUCCGCUUCUCACGCGGACCUCCCACUCGUUCCGUCGUCCCCGUCUGUGCCGCUACAACCUGCAGCCUCCGCCGAGACUGCUUCCGCGUUUCCAGCGGCCUCCGCUUGUCCCUCUCCCCCCCUCGCUCGCGAUCGCGACGGCCGGUUUGAUUUCGCCACUCGUCUCUCGCUUCCCGGUGACCGCGACGAUGCGACUCCCGUGGCUUUAUUCCCGCCUGCUUCGCGUCUGCCUGCUGCGGUUUCAUCCCCCGCCGUGCCGUCUGCUGUGGCUUCCGCCAUGCCUUCCGCAGCUGCUAGUAUUCCGCCGACAGCCGAUCCGAAGCGAAGAAGGUUGCUCCGCAACAGAGUGAGUGCGCAACAAGCAAGAGAGAAGAAAAAGUACUACAUUACUGCGAUGGAGGGGCGAGAGGCAGCACUAUCUGCUGAAAAUGAAAAGCUGGAGGCCACCAUUGCUGCUCUUACAAGGGAGAAUGCUGAGCUUAGGUCACGGUUACGACGCCGAGUGGUGCAUCAUUGACCUGGUGGUUGAAGGUGACGGUGACGGAGCUGCAGCCUACUCAUCCGCGUAGUCCAUUCUUUGCCCUAGGCACUCAUUAGAAGAUUUUAGCGAAGUACCGAUAUAAGCCCAUUUGAGGUGGGAGCUAGUUUUACUGCUUUAGGGCAUGUCAUAAGCAUUCAGUUUCCCUCUAAACCUUACCCAGCCAUUUUGGGUCAGUGGUAGGGUGCAAAGCAAAACCUUCACAAACAACAUGCAUGUUGCUGUACUGUAUUGUGUACAACACUCCCUAAGCACC